GUGUAUACAUGUGAACAUGACAUUGAAGAUAAAAAUAAUCUGUCGCAUGAUAAUGAAACUUGAAAUAAAAGUAUAAUUUUUCGGAUAUCAACAACCAGAUAACAACUACUUUUCAUUUGAACAAGUUACAUGUCGUCAGUGCUUUUGCUGAUAUUACAGCAUCUAUUAAUGAUUUAAACAAACAGGUAAGAUUUGCAUCUUUGUCCGUAGGGGUAGAUGAAGAGAGGACGGGGAACCGAAAGUUACACUUGUUCUCAAAAGUUAAGACGAUAUAAAUACAGACAAUGUCGGCCAGGAAGGGCCACAACCCUUUACGUAGAUUUGACAAAUGGCGGAAGGGAAACUGGAAAUGUACCGGCCUAACAUUCCAAGUCGGCAACGGCUACAUGAAACUGACAGCAUAGCAGAAGGUGACAUUGGUUGCUGUGGCUACGUACUUAUCGGCUUGUCUUAUCUUUUAGUGAUCGUAACCUUUCCGUUUUCUCUCCUUUGGUGUUUGAAGGUCGUACAAGAGUAUGAACGGGCAGUUAUAUUUCGACUUGGUAGAAUCAAAUCAUCCAGGGCACAGGGUCCAGGUCUGUUUUUCCUCCUACCAUGUGCCGACAACUUUGCAAAAGUGGAUCUUCGUACAUUCAGCUUUAACUUUCCGCAUCAGGAGGUAAUAACAAAAGAUUACGUACCAUGUGUGGUGGAUGUUGUCAUAUAUACACGUGUUUUCAAUGCUACAAAAUCAGUCGUCAAUAUCCUGAAUGCACGUGCCUCCACGCACCUGCUAGGGGCGACAACUCUUAAAGCAAUUGUGCGUACAGUAUGCCUGUCAGAGUUUUUGUCAGACCGUGAGAGAAUAGACUAUACCAUGAAGAGUACUUUAGACCGAGUCACUGACAACUGGGGAGUAAAAGUGGAAAGAGUAGAAAUCAAAGAUAUACGACUGCCAGUCCAGAUGCAGAGAGCUAUGGCUGUAGAAGCUAAAUCCGCACGUGAAGCCCGUGCAAAGAUUACGACUGUUCAAGGAAAGCUGAUGGCGUCCCGCUUGCUGAAGAAAGCAGCAGGCGUUCUUGCCGAGACGCCUGCGUCCUUACAGUUACGUUACCUGCAGACGUUACAAAGCAUCUCCGAGGAACAAAAUCAUACCGUCAUAUUCCCAAUGCCUGCAAAUCUGUUUUCGGCAGGUGUGAGACAAAUGCUGGGCCGGUUAUCGGGUUCACUAGCAGGUGCACAGUCUAACCAAAGCGGCCAGCCACUGAUCGAUUUACAGCAGACGCCAGAUAACACACAGUUUUAAGCAAUGCGUCAAAAAACAUUGAAAAACAUUGAAAGCAGACUUUGUAAGAAUGUGACUUGAAAAAAAUCAUGCAACAUAAAAAUAAUAAGAAUUUUCUGUUAAGUAGUAAUAUGUAAGGACUUAUAUCAUACAUGCUUGUGUGUGAGACACAGGAUGUAUGGUAAUUGAUAACUGUGGAUGAGGGUGAUAUUGCACUUGAAUAGUUAGAAGGUGUCGUUUUCUGUCUGCACAACGUCAUGCCGUAGCAUAUAUAUAAGCAAGUGCAGGUUUUCAAAAUACGUUUCAAAAAUAAAUGUAAACUGCAGAAAAUGUUGAUAUUGAAGUAGGAUAUUUUUUCGGCGACGCCGUCUAAAUUCGUUUUCGUUACCUAUGCCACGUGACUACAGUUUGCAAAUCAAACUACUUGAUAACGCAUUAUAGAUAAUUUAUCAAAAUGCAAGAUUUAUGCAACACUCUGGUUGAUUGGACGAGAGUGUCAAUUUCUUUCACUCUGUUGAUUGUGCUACGCUGAGUGAAAUGUAGACAAAGCGUUUAUCCUAAACGACGCUGUUCACAGUUUUAAAGCUAACUUUGGCUCAGUAUAUUUAGCAAGAAUAUUGAUAUAUCUCAAAAUGAUAAGUAAGUUUAAUAAAUAUGAUAAAAACCUGUUCAAAUACCAACAUAUAUCAAAUUAAAGAAAGAGUCUUUUAUGUAGAGAAGUGCUUUUUAAAAGAUUUUCCUUGUUACAAUUGUUACAAUUGUCGUCUGUAUAUGAAAAGGUUUCUUGCUUUUGUGACUUAUUCAGAUUGCAUAUUAAAAUGAGUACUUGUUUGCUUUGAUAUAAUAUGUUAUAAAUUAUUUAACUGAUUUAUUAUAUAUGAAUAUUUUUCUUUAGUAUGGUAUGCAAAUAUUGAACUCAGUUGAAAUCUGUUUUAUUAUAUAUAUGCUAUAUAAUGACUGCAUCUCAUUACACUGAAAUGAAGGUACGCUGCAUACAGUUUAUCUAUGUGAUAUGACUACGGUCGAACUUUGUUUAUGAAACAGAAAUAUUGAAAUAAUUACAAUUGUAUGUUUUGCUUGACCUUCACUUUUUUUAUAGGUGUGACGUCAUUGUCCAAAGAUUCAUGAAUAGCGAAUAUGCAAUUUUUAAAGCGGGAUCAGUUUUCCUAUUUUAGAAAUAAAUAAAGAUAAUAAAUAAAAAAAAAAUUUUUUUCUCUUGUAUUCUAAUCAAACUUGAUUUGUAGCAUCUUUAUUACGCCCGCAACCAACUUUGUUCAGCUGGGACAUUUGACCCCUUUUAGGGGCUGCUAGAGCUAAAACUAGAAAUGCCUUUAUACAGCGUCUCAUGAACAGCUUGGUGGAUCUUUGUCAUACUUGGUCUGGAGCAUCAUUAUAAGGUCCUCUUCCAAAUUUUAUUUAGGAACUUGGGCCCUUUUAGGGACAACUAUAGCUAAAAGUAGAUAUGCCUUUCUUCGCAUUAACCACUAAAAUGUAAUGGAUUUUUAUCAAACUCGAUGUGUAACAAUAUCGUAAGGUCUCCUGCUAUUUUGUUACAAAUGGGGAUAGGGACCAAUUUAGCUAAAAAUAUAAACACCUUUAAUGACCUCUUCUCAUGAACCGCUUCAUGAAUCUUCAUCAAACUACUGCUGGAAUUAUUCGUCUAAGGAUAAACGAAACAAAAUUGCAACCCUACGAAACCUUUGCGAAAAAUUAAAAGAGAACCAUUUAAAUUGUUAAAGUUCGGUGUUUAGUUUUGCAAUUUGAAAAAUGUUAGAUGAAAGAUGAAUGUUAGAUGAAAAAUUCAUAAACUUCUUUCCUUAUUACAAUUCGCCGACCAUCAUUUUUAAAGAUAUUUCUUGUUUUCUUGUCAGUUGCAAUUUCUACAUUAUGCAUGUGUCUGGUGUAUUUUGCAUUUUAGCUAAUGGAUGUGUUGAUUUACAUAUUUCAGCGGUAAGAUAUCUUUAUUUCAUAUAUGUUAAUGAAGUACACAAAUAAAAUGUAUUUCAGCUGUCAGAUUGUUAUAAUCUACACGUUUUAGCACUUGUGUCACGCCAUCGCUUCCGGUUUAUCAAACGUGCAGAACUACCUUAAUGUACGGUAAGGCUUAUGACGUAGCUAGUGUGUUGUUAUAACGCUUUAAUGCAACGCGUAGCGAUUGUAAUCGUUAUGGGUUCAGUUACGUAUGCAUAGUGUUAUGUAUAAAGAAAUAAGCAGCUAAAUUGUUUGUAUCUAUGAUAGAUUAUUUGUCUGUAGAAUUAUACCUACAUAUCACAAGUUAUAUUUAUAUGCUCCAUGUAGUAUUGUAAGUUCAAAUUAUCAUAUGUGUAGUUUACCCUGUUAACACUGCAAUACUGUACACUAGUAGUAUAUACUUUGUAUUUCAAUGCAGACUUACUACAUCCUUUUGCCCGUAUCUGCAGGCUACGAUUAUUAAUCAUCUUAAAGGAUAUUAUACGUGCGUGUUAAUACUGUAAUGUAAUUCUUAUUUUUUUGCAUUUCAUUAAACUCAGUACGUGCCGUUUCAAAUUGAUUAAUGACAAUGUAUGCUGCAUUAAUAGUACUGACAGUAAUGCCAGUUUAGAGCCAGUGCUAAUGUUAGAUUACAGUACAGUUAUUUAGUUCAUCCUCUUUAUUUAAGAUAUCAACGAACAUACUUUGUUUCUCUAUGCUAUAAUCAAUAACAUUUAUAUGUAUUUUUUAUGUUUUGUGUGCGAGUGUAACUAUCUGUAUGCUUGAGUAUAUAUGUGUGUGUGUGUGUGUACGCGCGCGCGUGCGUGCGUACGUGUUAUUUGAAUGUGUCACGUUGUAUUUGUAUUUGUUAAUACAUCUGUUUGUAACAAGAUACUUCAUGUAUACGUUUCAAGAAAUAAACUUUGAAUCUUGUGUCUUAUACUGUCAAAUAUGUUUAUCAACAUGUUUCACUGUCAGAUAUGUUAAUCAAAUGUUUGAUGUAUUUAUUGACAUGUCUCAGCGAUCAGAUAUGUUAAUUGACGUGUUUCAGCUGUCAGAUGUGUUUAUUGACGUGUUUCAGCGGUCACAUGUGUUAAUUGAUAUUCUUUAGCGGUCAGGUGUGUUAGUUGACGUGUUUCAGAGGUCAGAUGUGUUUAUUGACAUGUUUCAGCGGUCAGAUGUGUUAAUUGACGUGUUUUAGCUGUCAGAUGUGUUAAUUGACGUGUUUCAGCGGUCAGAUAUGUUUAUUGACAUGUUUCAGCGGUCAGAUGUGUUUAUUGACAUGUUUUAGCUGCCAGUUGUGUUAAUUGACAUGUUUCAGCUGUCAGAUGUGUUAAUUGACAUGUUUCAGCUUUCAGAUGUGUUCACGUUCUCGUGCAAUAAUGUAUUAUUGCAGGAAUCGUCAACAGCGAUGCUCUGUAUUGUAUCCAUUCCUAAUGUACUCAGCAAGAAGUUAAUGUGCCUUGAAUGUCUUAAAAUGAUUUUGUAACCGUUAUUUAUGAAUGUCGUUUAAAUGUCGGUCUUCCGUUUCUAACUUAUGU